AUGUAUUCCGAACCAGAAUUUCCCUAUCCAUGUAGUAGGAAGGAUAUGGAAACUAUCAAGUACUACUUCGACGAAGAAACUGAGUUCAUGGCCGCACCAAACUUCUUCGAUGACUAUCGGAACAUUCUUAUUCGCAGAAAUGCCGUUUCGAUAAUCGCCAAGGUCACAAAGAAGGAUGUUUCAGAUGCAUAUGUUCCGUAUCUUGCUAUGAACUACUUUGAUCGUUUCGUAUCCCGUUACAACAUUAAGUAUGUGGAAGGUCGGACUGAUACCGAAAAAGUUCGUUUGAUUGCUAUAACUUGUUUAACCAUAUCUGCCAAGAUGAGGAUAGACUCAUUCUCGUUUGACCAGUUUUUGUCUGACCUAUAUAGGGACAUGAACCUGAUGAUAAAUCAUCAGACGAUAAUGAGAAUGGAGCUUCUCAUUCUCCAAGUACUUAGCUGGAAAAUGAAAUCCGUGACUGCCUUAUGUUUUCUUAACCACUAUUACCCUCACUUUAGGCAAUUCCGUGGUUUUAAACGCCGUAGCAUUAAUGAGAUCAUAGUUCAAGCUCAAGGAGAACACACCUUCGUUGACUACAUACCUUCUCACAUUGCGUUCUCCGCUUUUCUGGCUGCUGCCAACAUUGCAUAUCCCUUAAAGUAUAAGGAAAUUGCAGAAGACAUUGAAAGCAAACUUAAUGAUCAAGGGCAGGUGAAGGAAUGCGCGAAGAAGAUGAUAGAUCUUUGCAGAAGACUCAACAUCCUGAUUUGUACCCCUAGAUCAGGAAUUCACUCCGCUUCAGGUCAAGUUGUGGAAUUACCCCAACAGGAAACCAAAGAAGCUGGAACACCAGAGAUAAAGGAAAUCCAACAGAACAACAGCAAGGCAGUGGUGGUCGAUGAUUCAUCUGAAGAAGAAGAAGAAGACGAAGAGAGGACUGCGUUAAUCGACAAGCGAAGACAGGACAUAGGCAAGAUGGAGACUUCUCAAUUGCAGGUGCAGGAAGGGUGGGAGAAGUUAUCUGAUAAAAAAGAUGUAGCAGCAGAAGAGACUGAGACAUCCAUUUCAGAGAUUGAAGAGGAGCUUGUAGAACCAAAGAAGCUAAUGAACUUUGAGCUGAAAUGGGCCACUGAUGUCCCAUCACUAGAAGCGCAGCCACGGGAUUCUACAAUUAUAAGCCUUAGGAUACCAGGGACUGGAAAUAAUAUAAAUAUAGGCUGUGCCUUUGGCUUUGAACCGUGUCGAGUUCAAAAUGAUUCAGUAGUUUCUUGUGCAGUUCAAACUAUCGGUAUUAUUGGCAUUGCUAUUGAAAUUGUUUCUCUUUACUUUUCUAAUUGA